AUGGGUGAUAUUAACAAAGUUAAGCAACAUUUGAAAUCAAUGACAUUAGAUGAUAUAAAUCGAUUAGAAUCAAAUGGUAGUACAGCACUGCAUGCUGCGUGUUAUUAUGGUCACUAUAAUAUUGUACAGUUAUUACUUGAUUACGGUGCUAGUAGAACAAUUACGAAUAAACACAAAUGUUUACCGUAUGAAGAAGCAAAAAUUAACGAAACAAAACAACUAUUUGUACGGCCAAAUGGUUGGGACAGAUUUGUAGGUGGCACUGAUCAAACGGGUUUAAUUGAAUGA